GUUUCAAAGACACGUUUCUACAUCAUUUGAAAGAAUCGUGAUUAGUACAUGUGGUUGAGGACUUCUUUGAAACCCUUUUCAAGUCAUACUUUCAUGAUGUUAUGGCUCUAGAAACAGAAUAAAUCGCCAAGAUUAUCGAGAGGUGAAUGAGAACAUUCAAGGUCACGCGCAUGCGCACUUGUUGGCUGGGAAACAUUUGGAUAUUACAUGUGACGAAAUUUGUCUUCAUUUUAGCUAAUUUUACGCAAAGUUUUCCUUUUAAUCGUUCACAAAUGAUGAAUUCAAAACAAGAUCCGGGUGGAAUUUUCGGCGGUUAUGGUAUGGGUGAUCCUAAUGUAGGACUUGCUGGAAGUCCAAACUCAGGAGCAUUACUGUCACCAUUACAUCCUUACCUGAAUGUAGACCCAAGCCUUGUAGGCCCAGGUGGAGCAGAAUAUAUAUUUCCCGAGGGGGCCAGCAAAACUCGGGGAAGAUUUGAAAUGGCAUUUUCACAAAUUGGAGGCUCAGUUUUUGCAGGCGGUGCUGUGGGAGGGGCAAAUGGAAUUAUAACUGGCAUCAAAGAAACAGCAGCAGCACAGCUAACAGGUCCAGUCAGGAGAACACAAAUGUUGAACUAUAUAGCCAAACAAGGGGCAUCUUCAGCUCAGGCACUGGGAGUAGUAGCUCUUAUGUACAGUGUGUUCGGUGUGAUUAUUUCUAAAGCAAGAGGAGCAGAUGAUGAACUCAACACUUUAACUGCAGCAACUAUGACAGGGCUUCUCUAUAAAUCAUCAGCGGGUUGGAAGAAAUGUGGACGUGCAGGGGCAGUAGGGUUUGGACUUGCAGCAGUAUACUGCUUAUAUACCAGUAAAGACAGAAUAAAGGGAGUCCUUUCAAGUAAAGGAUACGAUUCUUUAUGAUACAGAAAACAACAUCUAGGAAAUAAAAUCGCUAAAGCAAUGGAUUAAUUUGUGAUGCAGAAAUUAGGAUAAAUAACAUAUUUUAGUACACAGAAAACUCAUAAUGGAAAUAAUGGAAAUGUGAAGGAUAACUAGUCAACUCUCAAGCAGAACUGUCUAAAGUGUGUAUGCAGUUUAUGUGAAGAUGCUAUACGUACACGGCACAUGGCAGCGUAACAUCCUACGAGGAAACCUUUGAAAACUGGUUUAACCCAACUGCUAAUGAAAGUGAGAAAUGGAGAUAAUUUAUCAUCAGAUUUGAUUGAUUGAAAAAGAGCAUUUCGCUCAACUUGGAUUGUGUUUAAUUUGUUAAAAAGACUUUUUUAUUUAUUGACAAUUUCUUGUUUGUUUUGUGAGGCAUAUUUUUAUGAUUUAA